UCAAACAUCUUGGGAGCCUUUUUUAUCGCAAUCCCCAUUAAUCAAGCGACGUACAGAGCACAAAGUUUUUGUGCUUUUAUAUUAUAUAAUUUUCUUCUGAUUUUGAUCUUUCUUCUUCGAUUUCGCUGUUUAUGAGAAAAGAUUAGGGUUUUCUCUUUUUAAGUGUUCCAUUUACAUGUCUCCUUCUUUUUUCCGAGUUAUAAUAGCCGCUACUUCUCUCAUUAUCGUUAAAAGAUUUCAUUUUUGUUUUUGAGAUCGCUAACCAUUGAUUUAGUUUUUUUGAUGCGAUUGGGUUAAAAAUAUUUAAAAGAAAAUGGCACUGAAACCGAAUUCAACCGACACAAGAACUAGGAGUUCGAUUCAAAUAUUCAUUGUUGUGGGAUUAUGUUGUUUCUUCUACAUAUUAGGAGCAUGGCAAAGGAGUGGUUUCGGUAAAGGGGAUAGUAUAGCUUUAGAAAUGACUAAACAUAGCGCAGAUUGCAGCAUUGUCCCUACCUUAAACUUCGAAACCCACCACGCUGGUGAAGUUGGGAACGUAGAUGAAUCCGAAAAGCCCAAAUCUUUCGAGCCCUGUCAUCCCCGUUACGUUGAUUACACGCCAUGCCAAGAUCAAAGUCGUGCCAUGACGUUUCCUAGGGACAACAUGAUAUAUCGGGAGAGGCAUUGUCCGAGAGAGGAAGAGAAGUUGCAUUGUCUUGUCCCGGCGCCUAAUGGAUAUGUGACUCCGUUUCCUUGGCCUAAGAGCAGGGAUUAUGUGCCUUAUGCUAAUGCACCCUAUAAGGCCUUGACCAUUGAGAAGGCUAUUCAGAAUUGGAUCCAAUAUGAGGGUAAUGUGUUUAGGUUCCCGGGUGGAGGAACGCAGUUUCCACAAGGGGCUGAUAAGUAUAUUGAUCAGCUUGCUAAGGUCAUUCCGAUUACUAAUGGGAUGGUUAGGACUGCACUCGAUACUGGUUGUGGGGUUGCAAGCUGGGGUGCGUACCUUUGGAGUAGAAAUGUUAUUGCCAUGUCAUUUGCGCCUAGAGAUUCACAUGAAGCACAGGUUCAAUUUGCUCUUGAAAGAGGUGUACCUGCUGUUAUUGGUGUUCUUGGGACCAUCAAGAUGCCAUAUCCAUCUAGAGCUUUUGAUAUGGCUCACUGUUCUCGUUGCUUGAUUCCAUGGGGAGCAAAUGAUGGAAUGUACAUGAAGGAGGUUGAUCGUGUUCUUAGACCUGGUGGUUACUGGGUACUUUCUGGCCCACCAAUUAAUUGGAGGAACAAUUACAGAGCAUGGCAACGUCCCAAGAAGGAACUUGAGGAGGAACAGAAAAAGAUCGAGGAAGUUGCCAAACUUCUUUGCUGGGAGAAAAAACAUGAGAAGGGUGAAAUUGCCGUUUGGCGAAAGAGGGUCAAUGAUGAAGCUUGUAGUGGUAGACAACAUAAUUCACAAGCUAAUUUCUGCAAAGCUGAAGAAGCUAAUGAUGUAUGGUACAAGAAAAUGGAUGCCUGCCUUACUCCAUAUCCAGAUGUUAGUAACCCAGAGGAAGUUGCUGGCGGGAAACUGAAGCCAUUCCCAAAGAGGCUAUAUGCCGUCCCUCCUAGAGUUGCUAGUGGAAGUGUUCCUGUAGUUUCUGUUGAAACAUACCAAGGGGACAAUGAGAAGUGGAAGAAGCAUGUUGGUGCUUAUAAGAAAAUCAAUAGACUUAUAGACUCUGGGCGGUAUCGUAAUAUUUUGGAUAUGAAUGCUGGGUUGGGAGGAUUUGCUGCAGCUCUUGACUCCCCUAAAUUGUGGGUCAUGAAUGUCAUGCCCACUAUAGCAGAGAAAGAUACCCUCGGUGUUAUAUUUGAACGUGGAUUAAUUGGCAUCUAUCAUGACUGGUGUGAGGCUUUCUCCACGUAUCCAAGGACAUACGAUCUCAUUCAUGCUCAUGGUCUUUUCAGUUUGUACAAGGACAAAUGUAAUCUGGAGGACAUUCUAUUGGAGAUGGACCGAAUUUUGCGUCCAGAAGGCGCGGUUAUAUUCCGCGAUGAGGUAGAUGUUCUAAUUAAAGUCAAGAAGAUAACUGCAGGCAUGAGGUGGGAUACUAAGAUGGUUGACCAUGAAGAUGGUCCAUUAGUUCCUGAGAAGAUAUUGGUUGCUGUUAAGCGAUAUUGGGUUGUAGGUGCAAACUCGACAUCCGUGCAGUGAUCGGCAGAGGAGAGAGCAGACUUUGAAACCUCGUCGUUAUCUGAGCCACCAAUGCUUUCUGUUACACGAAGUUUGUGACAUGAAUCCGAUUAAUUCCCGGCCUGAAAUUUUUUUUUCUGCUUGAUUGUGCCGGUGUUAGGGAGGCGGGUCACAAGAUUUCAGGUAACAAACUAUGGAUGGAUCAUCGAUCACUGUGGGUUCAUUUGUAUUAAAUUAUAAACAGACAGCUAUAGAAAGCUUUAAAUCUAGUUUUGGUCUUAUUUGCAAAAUGUUAGCUCGAGAAGUUAAUGCAUGUUCUUGUCUGUCAAGGUUUUCUUUAUUUUUUUGAUGAUGCCUAGAUUAACCCUAAGAAUAAUAAGUAUAUGUAUUAAAACAUUUAUUAUGUUACAAAUAUAUAUUUUUUAUUGAAA